GGGGCAUGCACAUGUCAACUUCCUAAUUAACCGAAAGAAAUCGUCAAAAUUUGCUCCCAGUAAAAGUCGCAGAGAAAAACUGAAAAACAGAUAAGUGGAUAACACAGAGAGAGACAUGCUUCCUGUUCAUACUCCUUCCCCCCGAAUCCAAAUUCAAACCCUAAAAAUAACUCUCUUUCAAACAAUCCUCUUCACAUAGAUUAAUUUCUACCCAAUUUCAUAACGAUCAUCACUUUCUCCCACUAUUGAACGAAUCUCAUAAUCUCUCACCUCUUCUCAUAAUUUACUCCUAAUUUAGCCAUGCGAACUCCAUCCAAGGAUCACAGGGUCGAUUUUUCUGAUUUUGGAUAUAAUCGUAAGACUCCCUUUGAGAUAAAUCGACCAUCAUCGCCAUUUUCGAUUUCCACAACCUCAAGCUCUUUUCCUCCAUUGUUACCUGCUAAACGCAGCUCCUGGAGAUCACUUUCAUUUGGAAAAUUCUCCUCCAAGCCAAUCAGACUUUCCAUCCUCAAAUUAGAUGGAUCUUCCUUUGAUAUUGUUGUUACGAACAGAGCAACUGUAGCAAAAGUGAAGAAGGCGAUUGAGGCUGCUUUCUGCGAUAUACCUACACAAGGAGAUGCCGAGAUUUCAUGGUCACAUGUAUGGGGGCAUUUCUGUUUAUGCUUUGAGAGCAUGAAGCUCUUUCGUGAUCGUGAUUCCAUUACACGAUUUGGGAUCAAGAAUGGUGAUCAGCUUCAAUUUGUUCGACAUACACCAAUGUAUGAAGUUGCAGGCGAAAGAUUAGAGAAGAUCACCAUCGAUUCAAAUCAAACCAAUGGUCCAAUCCACAACUGGAUCAAGAUUGGGAAUUUGAAUAGGUCAUCAAGUAAACGGAGUUUGAAUGGGAACAUGAAAAAGUUUUGUGGGAACAAUCGAUCAAAUUCAAACCAUAAUCAUGUCACAAAAGAGGUCAAUCGAUCCAGUUGGGCAUGCAGAAUGCGAGGGUUGUUUUUACAUCGAAAAACAAGCAGUCCAAAAAUCGGAACUGCAAGACUUGGACGAUGGUUUCCAAGUAGUGAUGAUGAAGAAGAUGAUGAUGAUGAUGAUGCGAAUAUUUCUUGUAGAUCGAGUGCUAGUUCGAGUUCUUAUUCACCAAAUCCAUUUAGUGAGUUUGCCGGAGGUUUUGGAUAUCCGACGGGUUAUUGCAUUAAAUGAUUUUGCUUGUUGUGAAUGUAUAUGGGCCUCCAAAUGAUUAUAUUGGUUUUUUCCAUGUAAAGUUUUGUAUAGUAGAGCGACUUAAUGAAUAA